CACGGGAGGGACAAAUAGAAUCAUAUGAUUAAAGGCUGUUAUGACGUCAUCGUCACGUGUAUCAUGCGUAUGUCGGGAACGCUUGGAUCUGUGAUCGUCAAAGGCUUUGAAGUCACGCCAGAGAACGCAUAGACACUGUGGACGUUCAACAUUCAUAGUGAAAAAGUCAUUUCACAAAAUUAAUUAUGGACUCUAAAAAGCUUAAAAAAGACAAAAACGGAGCCUUUAUUAAGGCCUACCUUUCUGAUGCGGAUAAAGCAUUGGAGAGCCUGUGGAAUGAAAAGCUAAAAGAUGGUUUGAAUAUAAAUCAAUUUAUCCUUGAGAAUUUCACUGACCUAGUGGAAAAAUAUGAGCUGUAUAACCCUUAUCCAUCGAUAGCAGAACUCAUUUCUGUUUUAGCUGAGCAUUACAAGCCAGCGAUAUUGGGUUCGGAACUCCAACAGCGCUUGGAGACUGAGGUGGUUGAACUAAAGAGAACCCUAAAGGAAACAAAGAAACAAAAUAUACAAUACUUGAAUGAUUUGAUUGAUGUAGCCAAACAGAGAGACAUACUGACAGAGCGGGAGUUUCAUUAUAAAGACACAAUAAAAAAUCUGCAGAGGGAAUGCCGUAAACUGAAAUUGCAGGCGACAAAGAGGGCGCAGGAGCCACAAGUUAUGAUGCAAGAACUGCAGCGCCAAGUAAAAAGACUUAAAGAAGAAAACGAGGUUUUGGAAAAACGUACGAAUAAGCGAGUGCGUAAACUUGAUCAAAAAAAUCUCGCGCUUCGUAGAGAAAAUGAAAAACAUGUGAUCCUCGAAAAUGAGUUGAAACAAGCAAUAGAAAAGGAAAAAAUGCAACGUACAUCAAAGCUGGUGCCUCUAGAGAGAAAAGAGGAGAACCCAAAGUUGCAGCGGAUCAUCAGUGAGCAGCGUAUAGAGAUGGCGAUGUUAAAGGAACGGAUGAUCGUUCUCAAAAAAACAGCAGCAGAUCACAAAACUGAGAAUGAAAAACUGGCGCAAAAGGUGAACAAAAUCGAAAAGUUGUACCUGGAUGAAAAUGAGAAAAACAAAGAUUUGACAGCGGCCCUGAAGAGGAAACGUGAAUCUGAGCAGCUGAAAAAAUCACAGCUGGUGUCUAAAAUGAAAUCAGCUCACACUACUCCAGUUCACAAACUGAACCAGCCUACACUGGAAGUGAAAGGUGUCCCUCUCCUACCCAUCUCCAACAAAUUUCAGAAGCCCAGUAUUGUUCCUAGAGUCACCAAAAAUGAAGACAAAUCAGCAUCAGGUUCAGUGCCCAAACCGAACCAACUUAAGCUGGGACCGAUAUAUAAACCUCUCCCAUCCAUCUCAAAAAAAAGUUGCAGUCCGGAACAGGGAAAAAAAGUCCUUGACUGAAAUCAGUUGAAAGAGUUUGACAAGUGUUCAAAACCUUAACAAGAAUGCACAUCACAAUUCUAUAGGUGAUCGUUUGAUUGUUGGGGUUUUCUCUUUUUCUUUUAGAUUGUAAGGUCUUCUUUACCUUACAAUAUAAUGUCACCGCAAGUCAACUGCUGGUGACAUUAAAGCAUAAAAGCAAAAAGAGAAAGUGUGUCUUGUUUAUACAAGACACACUUUCUCGUGCCAAAGCCGCACGUUCAGGUCCACGCAACAACAGGAUCAUCCCAGCUGAAUGUAACCAAUUCAACCUCUUACACUGUAAACUGAACAACAUGAAGAAUAAUUCCUCAAAAUAAAAACCUGUUUAAAUCCAUUUGCUUCUUUUAGCUUGUUAGCUCAGAGAGCUAAAAACUAUUUUACUGGGGAAUGUAUUAUGUUUGAAAUUAUCAUGUCAUAGCAGCAAGAAAAACAGUACAAUCUACAAUAGAUAAAAUGAGCGUACAAAUGCCAGUGUUACAGUUGUUGUGUACAUGUGCAACACUGGUUACAAAACAACAAAAAAUAAAUGUAAAAAUGGUGGUAAAGAAGUAAUACUGACAUUGUGCACAAGAGUAGUGCAAAUACUGUAUGUGUGUAUGUGUGUGUGUGUGUGUGUGAAUAUAAAACACAGGCACAACCAAAUUAACAUAAAAA